AGCCUUAAAUGGGUGAUGAGUCACGGUUUAUGACCCUUUCUUUAUCAGCAAUAAGUUAGGUAAACCACAUGCAGUCAGAAGUGGCUCUCAUUCACACCCCGAGCUCCUGAUCGAGGACAGCAGCGAACAUGAAGGGAUAUUUGGGCUUCUUCCUGCUGAUCGCCGUCCUCACGGCUUACACGUGGAGAGAUAGGUUUGAUCCAGAGUCGGUUCGAGGGGCCCGGGUGUUGAUCACAGGGGCCAGUUCGGGCAUCGGGGAGCAGAUGGCCUACCAUUACGCAAAGUUCGGAGGUCAGAUCGUCAUCACUGCCAGACGAGAGGAUGCUCUGAAAAAGGUGGUGCAGAAGUGUUUAAAACUGGGUGCAAAAAAGGCAGCGCAUGUGACCGGAGACAUGUCUGACCCCGCUGACCCCGAGAGAGUCUUCAGAUACGCUGUGGAGAAACUGGGUGGGCUGGACUUUCUGGUGGUCAAUCAUGUUGGAAACACCAACGUUGAACUCUGGAACGGAGACUCUGAUCACGUCAGGUCAAUCAUGCAGGUGAAUUUUGUGAGUUACGUGCAAUUGGCUGCAGCAGCUCUUCCUGUUCUGGAAGCGUCUGGUGGAUCCAUCAUUGUAGUGUCUUCAGUGGCAGGUAAGAUGGCGAGUCCGUUCGUGGCUCCGUACACCGCUACCAAGUUUGCUAUUAACGGUUUCUUCGGAGCACUGCAGAGCGAACUGGCCCUCAAGAAGAGCAACAUGUCCGUUUCAAUCCUCAUCCUCGGUCUGAUAGACACGGAAUCAGCCAUGAACAAGAUCAGAGGAUACGCCACGAUGACCGCCUAUCCUGCCAGUGAAGCCGCUCUGAACAUCAUCAAAGCCGGGGCGACCCGUCAGAGAGAGGCCUACUACCCCUGGUUCCACUACUUCACCUGCCUGCUCGAUAACGUGCCCUUCAUGAAGGACAUUAUGAUGUCACGCCUCAGCUCCGUGUAUAUGGACUGAACCUGACGUAAAACCACUGUAUGUCAAAAUCAGUUUCAGAUUGAUCUGGGAAUUUGAAAAUUAAAGUGCCUCUAUUAUGGAUUUUUGGAAACGAGUGAAUAAAAACAUCUGGCAAAGUUUCAAAUCGAAAAGUUUAGUGUAUAAAGUUAUCGUCUGUCAAAAGAGACGUUUCUGAAUCAUCGAAACAAGUGAUUUUUUUAAAACGAAUCUUAAGCGUUUCAUGUUGACAUCCACAUUAAAACGUUAGCAUACCA